GCCUAUUGCGAAAUAAGUUGUGCCAUGUGAACAUAAUGUAAUGGAUGUGUACCGUAUUCGACAGUUGUGUCUCGAGGAGGGAGAGGAUUGCAGGGAAGAUUUAAAUGGAAUUCUGAAAUCUCUGGAAGUUCAUCCACCGAAAUGGCCCGAAGAUGUUGCCUGUCUUGUCAGAGGUACUCAGAAGCUUCAAGAUGAUUUGCAUUUGCGAGUUCCAGUUGCAAAGGAUCCGUAUUUGAAUUGCGAAAUUACUUGCGAAGAGUUUAAUACUGACGAUUUACCUUGGCAGAAUGGAUGUAGCAUUCCGGGAGCCUUUAAUCAAAGGUAUCAAGGCCGUGUAGUCAGUGUUUCUAGUCUUACAAGUUUAGCAAUUCAAAAACCAAAGAAGGAAAUAGUGGUGGAUUUGGAACAUAAUGCCGAAAUAUUUUACGAACCAGGCGAUGCCUUUUAUUUCAUCGUGCCGAAUACUCGGGAAGAAGUGGAUUUCAUUUUAGAAAGGAUGGGGUUUCUGGAGGCAGCGAAUCGGAAAUUAGUUGUAACUGUGAAAUCUCAAACUACAGUGAAAAAUGCAGCUCUACCACCGUAUAUACCAGAAAUUUCUACAUUAAGAUACAUUUUCACAUGGUGUCUUGACAUCAGGCGAUCGCCAGGCCGACCUCUUCUUCGUGUACUUGCGGAACGUACGGAAAGCGAGUGUCAAAAAAGACGUAUUUUGGAACUGUGUAGUGCUCAAGGAGUUGAAGAAUUCACAAAAUUUGUUCGUCAGGCUGGUCUUUCCUUGGUUGAUUUUCUGCUAAACUUUCCUUCAUGUAAACCUACAGUUGAACGUUUGAUUGAACUACUACCUCGUUUGCUUCCUCGACCAUACAGUGUCAGCUGUAUCAGAGAAUUCUGGGGAAAACGUAUACGUUUCAUUUUUUCACUGUUACACUUUAAUGCCACUGGUGGCCGCCGUUUCCAUCGUUUUGGUUUAUCAUCAGGGUGGCUUGCAACGCUGAAAGAAGGGCAACAAAUUCUGAUGUUUCUGAAAGAAUCAUCUCGUUUCCGUUUACCACCACUGGUGCAUUCUACUUUUGACCUUGUACGUAUGCCCCUUAUCAUGGUUUGCACAGGAACUGCAUUGGCACCGUUUCUAUCUUUCCUACAGAAGUUAGAAUUCGUGGGAGCCGAGAGAUAUAAAGUACGCCGAGAACUUUAUUUUGGAUUUCGAAAUAUUAAGGAUGAUUGCAUUCAUUAUAAGGAUAUUCUGCGAUGUGUAGAUGAAAAUAUUCUUUCGCACGUAUCUCUGUGUGAAUCGCAGGCAUACAAUGGUAUUUUUAGUAAAAAGUACGUACAAGAUGCUCUGCAGGAACGUGGUCGGGAAAUUUCGGAUAUAUUAUCUCGAAAGAAUGAAGACGAAAGUCACCCUGCAGUCGUUUUUGUGUGCGGUUCUUCGAAACAGAUGUUAAAAGAUGUGGCAGAUGUUUUUUUACACAUUUUCAACAAAUACCUAAGUAAGAGUAAAGAAGAGGCAGAAUCAUUCCUCAAAGAGCUGCGGAAAAAUGACCAAUAUGUUGAAGAUAUUUGGUGACAUUACUGUACGACUUUAAUUUCACAGUAGAUAAAGUCUAGCAAAUAUCUGCUGAAAUUGGAUAUUACUAUGCAGAAAAGAACCUUCGAACUUUGUCAAUUAGCUGUACUUCCAUAUCGUAGGUGCCUUUGAAUGCAAAGUCGAGAACCUAGAGAACUGUUACAUGUUAGAGUAGUAACUAUUCAAACAUCCUAGCUGUUAGCGGAAUACUGGAGUCAUUCAACACUAAUAGUCGUUCGAGCAGAUAAUAUACUGCGUUUUGAAAUCUAUCAUUCAUCUCAAUCUUCGACUCAUCAUACAUUUGAAGGAUCUGACAAGAGAGGCCGGUUAACCUUUUCAAUAAUUUCUCGAUUAAAAUCAAGGACAGCAGAGGAUGUAAACGGGUUUGCUGUGAUCAGCUCAUGAAAGUAAUUUGUUGAUAAAUAAAGCA